GCUGCAUCCGUUUCAAAACACCAGUACCUGGUACCGUGCUGUGAACGGAUCGGGUCCAGUCCACUUCCAGGACAUGGUCCAGUCCACUUCCAGGACCUGGUCAAACCCUCUCACCCAGUUCACUCCGCUCUGCAUCGACCAAUCAGCUGCUCCCUCUCAGUGAGUGACAGCUGUCCCUCAUCAACAUCUGGACUGUUUCCUGUCCUGGCUCCUUACAGUGGAACGAGCUCCACAUGGACAUCAGGACAGAAGGUCCUCACAUCUUCCUCCAGACUGAAGACACAUCUCUUCAGGCUAUACCGUGAAUAAAACAAAUAAGCUAGUUUAAACAAAACAUUUAGUAGCACUUAAAUGGCACUAACUUAAAGCACUACGUAGUUUGGAUUUCUUGAUUCUUGUUCUGGUUUGAUGCACUUACUGUGAGUCACUUUGGAUAAAAGCAUCAGCUCAAUGUAAUGUAAUGUAUCUACUGUAGAGUGGACACAUGCGAUAAGACAGAAUUCACAGAAGACUGUUACAUUGGUUUACACUAAUUGAUUGCACUACGUGGUUUGCACGCUUACACACCCUGUAAGGAGCUGUGGGGUUACCAGGGUAACAAGGGCACUGGGAGUGGUUAAAAGCGGUUGUGUAGGUGACACCCGUAAGUUCUCUGGAGCGGUAAAAUGUUUGUGAAAUAAAACGCAGACCAAGAGGUGCAUAAAAACGAGAAAUCUCCCGACUACUUCAUCCCAUCGACUCCUACACUACUAUGAUUUCGGCAGACUCUCUAUUCUCGUUAUGCUCACAAGCAAUAUGUGUGGAUAAUGACAUUAUUUUCUUUCCAUAUUAAAUAUAUAUUUAACUCCAUAUAUAUAUAUGGGUUAAGGUUAGGGUAUCUAUACACCGUUGUUUAUCUGUUUAUGACUGCGUCUCUCUGAAUCUGUGUCUCUCUGAUUCUGAGUCCGAGUGAAUCAUCUUCAGUUUUUUAACGAUCUUCAAACUCGCACAAGAAUGUAGUCUGACCUGUAACAUGGUCAUGUGACCUGCUAUGUUUGGCUCAGUGAGUGAGACGGUUUGAACAAACCUGAGAGAAUCUUCACAGGUGCGAGUUCAGAGCAAAACAGAAGAAACAGAAGAAGAAAAGAGACAGAUCGAAGAAGAAGAAGAGAGACAGAUGGGACAGGGUCGCUCGUCCAUGUGUCCUCAGGUGAUCCUGAUGGGUCUGGACUCUGCGGGGAAGUCGACUCUUCUGGCUCGACUGCUCACAGGACAGGUGAUGGACACGUCACCGACCAUUGGAUUCAACGUGGGAACACAUGACCUGGACAAGAAGACGUCUCUGACUGUGUGGGACAUAGGAGGACAGAAGAGCAUGAGACCAAACUGGAGGUUCUACCUGGACGACUGCAAGGCGCUGGUCUUUGUGGUCGACAGCAGCGACCCCAGGCGGAUGUCCGAGGCCCAGAAAACUCUGAAGAAGAUUCUGAGUGAGGAGAAGUUGCGAGGAGUUCCUCUCAUGGUUCUGGCCAAUAAGAAAGAUCUGCCUAACUCCAUGACGAUACGAGAGAUCUCCAACCAACUGGAUCUCCGCAGCUACACCGAGCGCUCGUGGGAGAUUCAGGCCUGCAGCGCUCUGCAGGGACUCGGCCUCCGGCAGGCGUUUCUGUCCGUCAAUAAACUGAUCAAGAAGAGCUGAAGGGAGGAGGGGUGGAGUUUAUGUGAGGAGGAGAAGGAGCAUUUAAAUAUUUAAACAAACAAAAUGUUUGAUUGUAAUAAACAAAUAUCAACCUGUUGAGUUUUAUUAAAGUGCAUUGAUCGAUCAGUUGAUUGAUAAUCAA